AUGAAGAGGUAUCUUGAUCUGGAAGAAACACCUACUCAGAUUGAUUAUUUACUCGUGGAGAUGGCGUUAUCGCUGGAGGAAAGCCCACUGCGUAUCGUGAAAUAUCUGGUGGAACUCUAUGAGAUCGGGGGGGCGUAUAACGUGGUCGCCGGACUGCACACACUGCUACUUGCACACUACAGGAUUGACUCAAAGGCGAUGUGUCACGCAUGGAUGGAACUGAAAUUGCACCCACAAUAUGUUCUCGAUAUGCUUGUUUUGAGUAUGGAUCAGCUAAACAUUGAAUUAGAACUGGUCGUCGUAUCGGUGUGGUUAAGGUACGUUGACCUGUACCGAAAGAAGUACCCGCGAACUUAUAGUGCCGAAGACGCGUUGAAACAUUUGUUUCGCAACAAGGGAGCCGUAGAAGUGGAGAAGAUUAUUGGAAAGAUCCCGGAUGUCGGUAAAAAUAAGAUGGUCAAAAGACAGCUGCUCAAACUAUACCAUGCCGCUGUGACGAGUGAACAGGAUAUGGAUACGAAGAGUCGGUUCUACAGGCAUUUGAAGGAUUGGUUCGAGAGGUUAUUCGACGCCCAUUGGUUCUUCAGGCAUCUGAGGGAUUGGUUCAAGAGUAUAUUUUAA